CCCGCCCAGCAGUCCCUGUCUGUUUCCCUUCAGCGCCACCCACAAACAUCCCCUCCUCCUUCGUCCACCCAGCUCUCUCUCCCACUGGGCAAAGCAGCUGCCUCUACAGGCCCCGCUGCUUAUCACAGCCAGUCCUUGCAAACACCCGGUGUGGGCGGACCGAGCGCCAGGCUGUGCCGGGCCAGGGCUGGCGCGACGGGGCUUGGGGACAUGCCAGCCGCCAGCUGACCCCGCGAGAUCCCCCCGGGACCAAUGCCCCGCGGGAGCGAUGGACGCGCAGCCUUGGCGGCUGCCCAGAUGGAGCACGGAGACUCGGGGGCGCUGAGGGCCCCGCGAGGAGCCUGGAAUGACAUGACCGGAGUCCCAGCUACCCUGGACACUUUCCCCAAUUGGUCCUUCCCGUCCAUCCCUGCUCCACCCCACCUGGGGGCCUCGAACGGGAGCUCGCCCGGCCUGGAUGUGCCAUAUUUCCUGACGGAGAGCGCCACGGCCGUGCUGUCCAUCGCGGGCAACCUCUUCAUCUGCACCGUCAUCCUGCGGGACCGGAAGCUGCGCGCCGUGGUGACCAACCACUUCCUGGUCUCGCUGGCCGCCUCGGUCUUCGGCCUGCUGGCCAUCGCGGUGGAGCGGUACAUCUCCAUCCUCAAGCCCUUCCGCUACCUGUCCCUCAUGACGCCCCACAACGCGCUCCUGGCCAUCCUGGGCAGCUGGGUGCUGGCCACCGUGAUCGGCUCCCUGGCCCCCCCUGGGCCUUCACGGCCGCCAUCUCCUGCGCUGCGCGCCCCUCGCCCGCCUCCGUCCCAGGAAAGCUCUCUGCCUCUGGGCUCACCACGUCCGACAGGGCCGGGCAGCCCAGAGGCUAGAGGGAACAGCUCCCUGCCGGGGAAGUGA